AUUACAAUGGGCUAAAGUAAAACCCGAAAAAUCUUCUAGUUUGCGCUUGGCCCAGUCCACUAAAGGUUGCACGUCCCAACUUAGGGUAGCUGAAGUGAGAACCCCUUCCACCAGCGUACUACAAUCAGAGUGUACGUGUAUCUCUCUUUCUGGUCUAUGCUGGGCAAGCUUUGAGAAGAUAAAAUCUAGGGUUUCAACCAAUGCUUUUGCCUUUGCUUGUUCAACUGAUUUCACCUCUAUAGAUUUAGUAAACCCGUCAAUGAUUCUUCCAAGGGAGUCCCUGCAGAUACAAGCCACUGGGGGGGGUGGUCGCUGUUGGGUGUCUAAAAUGUGGCCGUCCUCCUCUAUGUCCAAAUCUGGGCUUACGGGGGUGUUGAGAAGGCUCAGAGGUGUGGCUAGGUGGUUCGGAGCUGCUGUUAGCCACUUCUUUUCCCAGAUCGGUCCUGCCCCUUUGCACGGCGUCCACAAUGCUAGACAGAAAAGGGAUGGCUAUAGCCUACCUGUUUUGUAUGGAUCGAGCAGUUCGUCUGGCGUUCCUGUAGCUAUAAGCCACAACUCCACUCGAGGGGGGAUGUCGCUACUUGUUGCCAGAAAGGCUGCCGUCCUCUUCAAAGUUCAGAUCUGGGCUCGUGUGUUGUUUACAGCCACUAACAACCUGUCUUCUUCGCAGAUCCUUCCUUCCCCCUUGACCUGCGUCAGAGUUGCUGUGCGGACGGGGGUGUUGUGCAGAUUCGGAGGUGAUGUUGGGUAGUUCAAAGUCGUCAUCAGCCACUUCUCGGUUCAGAUCCAUCCUACCCUGUGUUCAGCGUCCAAAUGGCUGGAUAGAGAGGACUAGUCGUACCCCUUUUGCUGUAUAUAUGCUGUAUAUGGAGCGAGCAUUUCGUCCGGUCAACCUUGGGAGCAUUGAUGAAGCAAAGGUGUUGCUGUCAUCGCCAUGCUUCUCGCUAGUAAGAUCGUGGCGCAUGGGUAGUUGAAAUUCACCGUUAACCAUUUCGCUCUCCAGAUUUGUCAUUCCCCUGUAUUUAGUGGCCGAUCUGUUUGGCAUUGGAGGAAGGUCUGUGCCCUAUGUGUUGUGGGUGGGUCGGGCUUUUCGUCUAGUUGGGUGCAGGGGAUGCCACUCACAGCUGCGUGCAUCCCAUGCUGUGUGGAGACCUCUGUUUAUCGUGGAGGGUAUCUUUCUAGUAAAUGGCCUAACAUGUGCAUCUCUUCCCUUUUCCAUUUUCUUUAAUAAAGUCCACGAGAGUGUGGGGACUUCCAUGUGCAAUUGUUUGUUGUCCUUUGUGGAUGUUGUCCCAAAAGGUAAUAUUUUUUUUCUUGGUGCAAAAAUGGCUUAUGAUAAAGAUUAUGUUGU